UAGCUAUUGACCAGAUAGAAUUUCUGUGCCUGCUUAGUAAUUAUAAUGCCACGGGUCUAUUUAAUUCCCAAAGGAAUAUGCUUCUCUGAUAAACAGGUAGACACCGCAGAUGUAUCUUGUAUCAUAUUUGCAGCUUGAAAAGCAGGUGAAGCAUCUUGUACUGUUUACUGAGCUCUUGCAGUUGGAAAAGUGUUUUUUUAGGAAUCCCAGUGUCAUGAUGCAAGCACAGAUUUUUUCAGUUUUAUUUGCAGUUACUUAUGCAAAUGGGAAGGCGAUCACUGAAAACAUAUGUAGGACACGCUGGUUUAACGAUGGAAGCGUAACAAGCGAAGGAGACUUUGAAAUGCUGCCUGACCUUCAGAAGAAGAACCCGGGUCAGAUCUGCUCCGAUCCAGUAGAUAUCGAGACUCGGACCGUCUCAGGAAUAAAAGCUGGGAACACAGGGAACACAUUCCACAUAUAUAACCAGUCCCAAGGAUUUGCAUGCUUGAAUUCCGAGCAGUGGAGGAAGCCUUGUGAAGAUUACAAAGUCGUGUUCUCCUGCAACGGCACAUUCUGCUCAGGUUGUCAAACAGGGUGGUUUGAUUAUGAUGACCCCACAGGAAUGGGAGAUUAUGAAGUCCUGAGCCAACUUCUGACAAAGUAUCCCAAAGAGAUCUGCUCCCAGCCGCUGGCCAUUGAGGCCCAGACGCUGUCUGGCACCCCAGCCCUGAGCACUGGAAACACAUUUCAAGUCUAUGAUGCCACGUAUGGAUUUGCCUGUGUUAAUGCAGAGCAGAAGGGGGGGAGCCGCUGUGAGGACUACAGAGUGAGAUUCACCUGCCCUAGAGAGUUCUGCUCAGUUACAGCAGAAUGCAGGACCGGGUGGUUCAGCAGUGAUGAGCCUUCAGGUACAGGAGACAUCGAGAGCCUCAUGCAACUCCAGCAGAAAUACCCCGGGCAGAUCUGCAGGACUCCCCUGUCAGUGGAAGCCCAGACGAUAUCGGGGAUCUCAGCCCUGAACACGGAAAACAUCUUCCAAGCUUAUGACACCACCUAUGGAUUUGCAUGCAUCAAUUCAGCACAAAAGAACAGGAUCUGUGAAGACUAUCAAGUGAGAUUUAUCUGCCCAGCUGAAUUCUGCUCAGACUGCAGGACGAGGUGGUUUAAUCGGGACAGUCCCAGUGGUAAGGGGGACUACGAGACUUUGCUGCAGCUCCAGGAGGAAUACCCAGGAGAGAUCUGCUCUGAUCUGUGGAGGAUCGAGGCUGUGACCCUCUCCGGAAUCCCAGCCUCACAAACAGGGAACAUCUUCCAAGUGUAUGAUGCCUCUCAUGGUUUUGCUUGUGUAAAUGCAGAACAGGCUGGGAAAGCCUGUGAAGAUUAUAAAGUCCGGUUCAGCUGUCCUCCUGAGUUCUGUAAAUGAACAGCAGAGCUGUGUGGAUUGCAGUAGGAUUGGAGAUGCAGAAACAAUAACCUCUGAAAUCAAGACGUAUGUGAUGUGUGAAUUAUUUUUCGUAAUUAUAAAUGAAGGAUUUGGUGCCUGUAUUAGUCCGGAGAUGUGAAGAAAGAAAUAAUUGGGGUUAGGUUGUGUUUUAAACAUAUUUCAGUGAAGAAGGUACCAAUAUCAGCAUCUCUCUAAUGCCAUUGAGCAGAUUGCAAAGGCUCAUGAGACUAAAUUCUGUAAAUGGUGACACAAUUAGAGGGGUAUAGUUUUGAGGCAAACAUUGUCAUCCGGGGAUGUUUUAAUAAAGUGUUUUUGGGUUGAA